AUGAAUGGUGUCUUUCCUGGCCAGGAGCCCUUGAUAAUGGAAGGGUGGAAUAACUUUGUCUCCAAGGCCAUGUGUUUCAUCAGCACAAUAGGUGGCAACAACUGCUUGGUGGAUCUUCCAUGUUCACACCGACAGGGCUGCAUGGGAGUUGUAGUUCCCAUGGGUGGCUCUCUGAGUGACCUAAUAACAAUUGAAGGAUUUCUUCCAGAAAAAAAGGCACUCGAAUAUUUUAAAAUGAUUUUGGAUGCCUUGGAGUAUUUACAUAAGCAACGCAUAAUUCAUAAUGAUAUCAAAGCCGACAACAUCCUUCUUUCUGAGACGACAGAAAGACUUUUCCUUUGUGAUUUUUCUUUUGCUGAAAAGGUUCAAAUUGGACAUGAUAUAAUUUCAAAAGGAAAGACACAAGGAAGAACACAGACACAUAUGGCUCCAGAGGUUGCAAGGUGCGCAGGACACAACGAAAAGGCGGACGUGUGGAGUGCGACUUGUACACUGCUACACAUGCUCAAUGGCAGACAUCCAUGGAAAAAUAAAUAUUCCAGAUGCCCUGUCUUGGAUAUUGUGGUUGCUAACUGCAGCCCACCACUCUUUGAAAUCCCUGAAGACUGCCACAAGGAUACAAAAAGAAUUAUUAAAUUGGGCUUAAUAGUCGAUCCUUCCCAACGACCAACAGCCGGACUUUUACGGGAUGAAGUUGAUGAAAUGUUAUCUAAAUCUGGGCACAUGCUUUCUGUAUUUACAGAAACUAACCAAGUAUCUAAUUCACCACCGAGGGCUCAAGAACAUCUGUUAGAGUCGGUUGAUGACCAAUUGCCUCUGCUACUGGAAAACAUUGACAAUAUGGAGGCAAAAGAAGAUUUUACACAGAAAGACAGGUCUGAUGUGACAAUUCAGGAAAGAACCAAGGAAAAUGAAGAUGACCGAUGGAAUGUUAUCAAAACUUUUCGCAUGGACAGGUUAUCAACAUGUAAUUCUACAGAAGACAUAGAGGAAUGGUUAACUCUGACUUCUGACACCUGGAUAGCUGAUGAUAUUUUUUGGUCAGUGUAA